AUGAAUGUGAAACAUGUGUGGGGCUGGAUAGCUGGUACUGGCUACGCUUUGGCUACAACUUUGACCGGAGACAAUUUCACCAUCGACUGGCUCUCGGGUUGGCAUUCUCAGUAUGGACAAGAUCGAAAAAUCAUGCGGUGGCUAUACAGCGAACAUGCUUCUAAUGAAUGGUACUCUCACCUUGCAGGUGAAAACCGCCGCCAAGGUGUGUUCAUUGAACUUGGCGCCGGAGAUGGUGUGGACAAGAGCAACACUUUAGCGUUCGAGCAAAAACUUGGCUGGACUGGGCUGUUGAUCGAGCCUUCACCAAGUCUGUAUCAACAACUCCGGCAGAAUCGCCCCAAGGCAAAAUGUGUUCAAACUUGCGUAGCGGCCGGUGCCACCCAAAAGGAUUUUGUCGACUCUGGUCUGAACAGCGGCACAACCAGCAAACAUCGACUCAUGACCAUCGAUGUGAUGAGUAUUGAGGUUGACAAUGCUCUCCCCCAAGUGAUGUACAGACGACUGUCGAAUCUGCUGACACGAAACGGUUUUCGCUUUAUGGAGCGCAUCUCAGUGGAUGAGGUCUGGGUGCGGCAAAGAGGUUUCCACCCUGACCCCAGCUGUUCGUUGCCAGUCCAAUUGCAGACCCUUCCCAAAUCACCCAGGAAAGGCUGGGGAGGUGUUCGAACUGCUUUGGAAGACCUGCUACAAGUGUUGAAGCAGGCUGUGCCAGAUGAGUCCGUCAGCAUUAGUGCACUUGAUCUCGGGCCUGAUGUGGAGAUUCUCUUCCAUUAUUGGUCGAACGGGGAUUUGCGAGACUGGGAUGAUCAGUGUCCUAUGGGCAUGCUGACUCUUGGGCUCGCAUUUUCUUUACUGCGGGAUCGGACUAAUAACCCUGAGACUGAUACGCGGCAUAUGUUCAUCGAACUUGGCCAACAAACCGUCUUCUUUUGGACUGAGCGACUGGCUGUGACCUUGCAAACGAUUCGCCGCAGCGAUUUGGUGAAAGAAUCUGAAGCCCUUGCUGAAGAGUUUCACUUUCGGCUUCCCCUCAGCAGGGCAUGGCACAUCAGCAGCUUCCAGGAGAUUUUGGAGUCUGGUUGGCCCCUGUUUGGGCUCAUGUCCAUCGUGGGGAAAGAGCUGGCUAUGGUUCCGCAGGUCGUGGAGCACUUGGAUAUGGAAACUUAUGAAGAAAUUCGACCCAUGCGGAUGCCACUUCUUCGAUGCAACUUACUGGUGGAGGGCACUAAGGUCUCCUUGGUCCAAAAACGACCCUGGGACUUCGAAGGAAUACGACAAUCGACCCAGCAUUUGCUGAUGGACACUGACGCUUGCAAUCUCCUAGGUGCAGCUGCCAGCAUUUUUCAUCAUGUCCGUUUUGAACUCAGCCAGCAAACAAAGGCGGAAUCGCCAGCUUUCCAUCGCUUGGUGAAUUGGACGGCUUCGUGUUCAGAGGGCCUGCUAGACCCACGCAGUUGUUACCAGAAGAGCUUUGGAGAGUGUGCGGCACUUGGUGAUGAUGGCAAGGCAAUACCUGCGAAAUGCUUAAAGAUUGCAGCCUCCUCCAGGCGCCAUGGUUUGAGGCUGCGCCGGCCUCUCUUGUCGGAUCGGCUGCGCCUUUGGCUGGACCAAGGCGAACGGCUCGUCCGGACUUUUGUUGAGCGCCAUGGGCUCUUCAUGGCUGUUUGGUCUGCUUGUCAAAAGGAAUUGGCCCCAGCAAAGAGUUUGAGUGACUCAAGUGGCAACUGGCCAACUAAAAAGGAAGUGUGGACUCGAGAGACGAUGUUUGAUGUUCUACAUUCCAUUCAACAGCUUCUGACCAAGGGAUUCUUUGGAUCUAAGACGAUCUAA